AUGGCACUGGACGAAUGUUUGGCGUCUAUUAUCUGUUACCAGACACGAGCUGAACAACUACUCUACGGUCGCGCUUGUAAAGUUUCUAUGGUUCACCACGAGGGCUACGAUCGGGAGAUGAAUCUCUUAGCUAACUUGGUGAGUAAGCGCGUAUGCUCGCUCAUUCACGAGCAGUACAUGUACGCAAUCGGUUCAGCGUUAUACACGUUUUACGAAACAACUCCUGGGGUUAUUUCGAUUAAAAACGAUGCAGAAAAUGAGGAUAGUCUGGAUGAACUGCGCGUGCAGUACACAAUCAACUGUUCGACCUGGGAGUGCUCUUGCUUAUUCAUGACUACAAGACUGCUACCAUACCGCCACAUUUUUUUUUAUGUUCGACGGCAGCUCAAGAGGGAGAUUAUCAUUCCUACCCAAUUGCUGCAUCCACGAUGGCUGUUGUCUUCUACGAAGGACACACACUCACAGCCUAUUGUGGCUCGAUUUUUAAGUAUUGUGACCACUAUUUUACCACCACCAAGGUCUCCAUGGGACGUCAAUCCGAAUUUCGAGAGGCAAGUUGCCUUACCUCCGCUAUCAGCGAAUCUGUGA